GAGCGCCUGGUCUCCUCGAGGUGCCCCUGUCUGGCAGCCCAGCACGGUUUUGGUUUCAACAACGUCAAAAUGACCCACGGAUCAUUCACUCACUGAUCCGAGCAGACCCCCGCUGACCUCGGCCACUCCCCCAGCUGAUGCCCGGAGGGAGGCUCCCGGAGCCAGAGGCGACCUCCCGGCCUCUCUGCCCGCUCUCCUGAGGAGCCGAAGCCCUUAGAAUAACACCGACCGCCGCUAUGAGGCGAAUAACGGGAAGGGAGAAGGAAGAAACUUUGAUCGAGCUGAAGAGCGCCUCGGAUUCUCAGAUUGCAGAUGGUCCUGCUGUGCUGACUUCAUUCAGGAACUUGCACUCAGAUGAGAGCUGCGGAAAAGAUGUCAGUUCAUCUGAAAGAACUCCGCUACCUGGGCAUUCUGAAACAGAUAAGCUCCAGCCGAACAGAGACACUGUGUUCUUCAGGGACGGAGUGCGGAGGAUAGACUUUGUUUUGUCUUACGUGGAUGAUAAAGAUGAACGGAAACAGGAAAGGAGGAGGGAAUUUGAGGCCAACCUAGAGAAAGCAGGUCUGGAGCUGGAGACAGAAGACAAAUCGGAUGCCAAAGACCAAAAGACUUAUUUCUUGAAGAUCCAUGCUCCGUGGGACGUUCUCACCACCUACGCUGACGUCCUYAAGGUUAAAGUUCCCUUCAGAGAGAGCGACAUCCCUCACGGUCGAGAGGCCCCGCUCUACUGGAUCCCYCAUCCCUUCGGCCUGCCGGACAACAUCAUGCGCCCAGAGCGGGAUUAUUUCACCUACCCCUUCGAAAAAAACAAGGAGGACUUCUUCCUCAUCAGGGACAAAGAAACUUUCUUUCCUCCGUCAACAAGAAACAGGAUUGUGUUCUACAUCCUGGCUCGAUGUCCGUACUACAAGGAAGGUCAGAAAGAAAGAGAGAAAACGGGAAUCAAGCGAUUACUCAGCAAUGGGACGUACACGGCUGCCUUCCCUCUCCAUGAUUGUCGAUACUGGAAAAAAGCAAAAAACGGCAAGUGUGAAAGCGAGCGCUUCAGCCUGUACAGCCACUGGGCGAGGUUCCUCUGCUUCUACAAACAGCAGCCUCUCAAUCUCAUCCGGAAGUAUUACGGAGAGAAGAUUGGGAUCUACUUUGCCUGGCUGGGCUUCUACACGGAGAUGCUUUUCUUCGCAGCCGUCAUGGGUGUCAUAUGUUUCACGUAUGGAGUGCUGAGCUACGAUGACAACAUAUCAAGUAAAGAAAUAUGCGACGCUACGAUUGGAGGCAGUAUAUUGAUGUGUCCACUCUGUGACAGGAAGUGCCCUUUUUGGAAACUCAACUCCACGUGCCUCUCAUCCUGGCAAUCCCAUCUGUUUGAUAACGAAGGAACCGUGUUCUUUGCCAUAUUUAUGGGGAUUUGGGUGACUCUGUUUCUGGAGUUCUGGAAGCGACGUCAGGCCCGACUCGAGUACGAGUGGGAUUUGGUGGACUUUGAGGAGGAGCAGCAACAACUGCAGAUCCGGCCGGAGUUUGAGAUCAACUGCACCAACAGACGGCUGAACAGGAUCACACAGGAAAUGGAGCCUUAUCUUCCAGUCCACUCCAGGUGUGCUCGCUACUGCCUGUCUGGAGCCACCGUUCUGUUCUGGGUUUCUCUGAUUGUGGCUUGUAUCAUCGGUGUGAUAGCGUACAGGCUGGCCGUGUACGCAGCUUUCGCGAGCGUCAUCAAAGACCCGAUGAGGAAGAUCCAGCUGGUUGGCAGGUUCAUCACUCCGCAGCUGGCCACCUCCGUCACCGCUUCCUGCAUUAACUUCGUCAUCAUUAUGAUCCUGAACUUCUUCUACGAGAAGGUGGCCGUCUGGAUCACCGAUCUGGAAAUUCCCAAAACUCACCUGGAGUACGAGAACAGGUUGACGAUGAAGAUGUUCCUGUUCCAGUUUGUAAACUACUACUCGUCCUGCUUCUACGUGGCCUUCUUUAAAGGCAAGUUUGUGGGGAAUCCAGGAGAUUAUUCGUAUAUGUUCGGCAGAUGGAGCAAACUGAGGAAUGAGGAGUGUGAUCCCGGCGGCUGUCUGAUAGAGCUUACCACCCAGCUGCUCAUCGUCAUGGUUGGAAAACAGCUGUGGGGAAACAUUCAGGAAGCUCUGCUGCCUCUGAUGCGUAACUGGUGGAGCAGCAGAAAGGGCCGUCACAAUCCUGACAACCAUUCCAGCCGCUGGGAGCAGGACUACGUUCUGGUGAACUUCAGCCAGCUGGGUCUGUUCUACGAGUACCUGGAGAUGGUCAUCCAGUUUGGCUUCAUCACUCUGUUUGUGGCCUCCUUCCCCCUGGCCCCCCUCCUGGCCCUGUUCAACAACAUCCUGGAGAUCAGGGUGGACGCCUGGAAGUUCACCACCCAGUUCAGGCGACCGAUGGCGUCCAAGGCUCGGAACAUUGGAGCGUGGCAGGAGAUCCUCAACGCAGUGGCCAUUUUGUCUGUCGUUACCAAUUCUUUUAUCAUGGCGUUUACCUCAGACAUGAUUCCUCGUUUGGUUUACCUUUACGCCUACAGUAAAAAGAACAACAUGGAGGGCUACAUCAACAACAGUCUGUCAGUGUACAACAUUUCACAGAUCCCCUUACAAAACAUGCCUGAGGACGACUGGUACGAUAACACCACCACCACCUGCAGAUAUCGGGACUACCGUUACCCUCCGGGCCAUGAGAGGGAGUACACGCACACCAUGCAGUUCUGGCACAUCCUGGCAGCCAAGAUGGCCUUCAUUAUUAUCAUGGAGCACGUGGUCUUUGUGGUGAAGUUCUUCGUGGCGUGGCUGAUCCCAGACGUCCCGUCAGAGGUGAAGGCGCGAAUCAGGCGAGAACGCUUCCUGAUCCAGGAGUACCUGCACAACUACGAGGUGGAGAAGCUCAAACUGCAGCUGAGCGCCAGCUUCAUCACAGAGCCGCGCUCGGACCUGACGCUGACGCCUGACAAGCAUGAAAUGCUCUCCGAGUGCCUCACCUGACGCUUCCCAUGUUUCCCGCCAAAAAUAUUUCUGUUUCAGUUUGUUUUUUUCCUGCAAGGGCUCCWGUUAUUAAACUGUAAAUGUCAGUUCUUUACAUGUAAAUAGACCUUAAUACUUUACCAAGAGGUGCUCUUAUAGGGUCCAAACAGACGUGUCAGAUAAAACAAACUGCAGGAGAAUCAUGUCAAUUAUUUGAUUUUGUCAAAAUAUAAAAGCACUGAUUUAUAUAUGGAAAUAAAUGUGCUGAAUGGAAAUGUGAAGAAGUAUUUAUAAAACUGAAGAAUAAACACUCAGAUUUAAAGAUAAUUGAGUUGAAACAGUGCAGUGAAUAUCUUACCUGUUGCAGAUAUCUUUUUGAUGAACCUCAGUUUGAAUAAAUACAUUAGUUUAAUUCUGAGCAGAAUGAAGCGCUAAAAGCUAACCUAAGUGGAUUUUUGUUUUAAAACAGAUUGUUUUCUUACUGUAGCACUUCCUGCAGGAUGAUCAUAACAUUACUGCUGGAUUAAAUGUGAAAUCACAAAUACAGAUUUAAAAAAAAUGUGUUUGCAUAAAUCUCAAUGAAAUGUUUAAGCUGAUGUUUAAAAACAGCCGAAACACUCAGACUAGCCGUUAGCUCUUCAGUCCAGACAGAAAUGAACUAUUUUUCCAAACUAAAUGUUUUUAUCUUUCCACUGACUUCAAGAAAUCUGAACUAUCUUUUUAAUAUUGUGCCACAUAUUCAAUCAACAUUUAUUUAUAGAGGUCUUUACAGAGGGCUCAAAGUGCUUCACUGAUUUGGAGCAGGGCUAUACUGUCAGGUUUUUAAAAAAUGUGCAUUUGAAACCAAGUACCUCCAUUCUGCAGCGAAUCUGUAACAAUCAGAAAUGUGGUUUUAUUUUAUUUUUUGUGAGCAGCUGCAGAUUUUUGUCUCGUUGGCAGCUUGAUUCUAGACUGUCAGAUUUGAAAACAAAAUAUAUCUGAGAAAUGUUACCAGAUUUUACAGUUUUCGCUCUUUACUCCUAAUAAUCAGCAUAUGUUACUUUAUGUCUCAGAUUAUUAGUGUUUCUACAUUCUGAUGGGAUUAUAAAGUUUACUCUCAAAAAAUGGGGAUGCAUGCAACUUUCAGCUGUUUUUAUGUGAAAUAGUUGCAGGUUGACACUAUGAAGCUUGUUCUGCUGUAUAUUUCUAGAAUAAACACUUUUAAAUGUGUAAUUUAUUCAUUGAUCAGCUUCUGUACAGUUCAGAGCUUCUCCAUCAUUCUUGUUUUAACAUCACAUCAGUCCUUUUUUUUAGUUUUAUACUUUACAUCGUGGUCAUGAUGAAGAAUUAUCCUGCGAUUUAUUUAAGAAAAGUAUUGUUUUUGUGAGGAAUGGGAGAAAAUGAAAACUGCUACUUGUUUUUCAGCUAUAAGUCAAUAUUUCCUUUAAUGUUUAUUAUUCAGAUGUUUGUAUUUUCGCUCAAACCGAUAUGUGACUUAAGGGAAGGAUUGUCGGGCCAAGCAGGAUUUCUUUGACGGUCCGAAUCUAAACCCGGCUCCAGAAUCUCCAGAUGCUUCCAGAUGUGUUCUGAGGGUUGGAAUGUGAUCCUGCAUGCUGCAUGAUGAUCUACUGAACAAUCAAAUGCCUUAAACAUCUGUUUACUUGUUUAAGUGUCCUGGCUGAGUGCAAUCUUUGUCUCUUAUCUGUUGCUGUUUGUUUGAAAUGUAUCUUCUGUUGUUUUGUGCUGUAAUUGAUGUGUGAAUAUUUAGUAUUUAAUGUAAGCUCUUACUGUUCAGAAUAAACAAACAKGAGAUAAAUCUUCAACUAAAGAUA